AUGCAUUCUUCCCUCAAUCGUCUUCAGACGACCUUUGGUUUCUUCAGUACAUGCGCGUUCACUCUUGCAGGCAUAAUCGCUGUCCUUUCCCUCAUUCCUAUUCCGACACCUACUAGCCAGCCUUCUGCAGUCAUCAAGCCUCGAGAGGUACAAGUGGUAAAGGGCCGACCCCAUUACUAUUCAGCCAAGCGCGAAGAAUAUGCCCACAUACGAUUUGACCUCGACGCCGAUCUUUCACCCUUGUUCACAUGGAACACCAAGCAGCUCUUUGUGUAUGUAACGGCCAACUAUCCAGCUCAAAAGGGCAAUGAUCAAUCUGAGUCUGUGAUUUGGGAUUCGAUCAUACCUGCAACCGCAACACCGUGGUCCUGGCAAUCUCUCAAGAGCACAUACUUUCCAGACAAGAAGAGCCUCAGAGUUUCGAAGAACAAGAACAAGAGAGGAGUUGAAUCGACUACAACAGCAUUGAGUAAGCCAGGAAAGAUCAAUCUGAAGAAUCAGAAGCCAAAAUACCAGAUUACAGAUCCAUCGGGCAUUAUGGCUCAGAGGCAGAAUGUUACAUUACAAGUUAGUUGGAACGUUCAGCCUUGGGUUGGAGCUCUAGUCUGGGACAAGGGCUAUUUCGGUGGUAGAGUUGGCUCGUGGAAGAAUGGCAGGACAGGAAGAAGUAAGAGCUUUGAUCUACCGGCGCUGAAGGGAAGUAAACCUGAAGCUGUCAAGGACCCAGAAGGUCCGAGAACACCAAAGGCUGCGGAAGGGAAGCCUAUUACUGAUAUAUGA